CUAUAUCCUUUGUAAGGUCAGAGGGUACUGGUAUCCUAAGAUGGCGGCAAUGAUGCAGUGAUGUGCUGAAUUGGGCACUCCUUUUGGAAAAAGGGGAAGAUAAAACGUUGAGUUUAACCAAGAUAACGAAAACUACGGAAAACCUUUUGAUACCUAAGCUAACGAACCAGGUGCCCAAUCCGUCAAAAACUAGCACACACUGCACAUCUGAGGUACUAUAGAGGGACAACAGCAGGACAACAAGUGAUACAGAGCAUUAACACAAGAAUCUUCGAACAAACUUCUUCGUCCAAUGUCUGUCAGAAAGAUGAAUAGUCCUCAGUGGAAGAAAUUCCAGCCGCCAGCCCAAGAUCCCGCCAUCAUGUCUUUCCAUCAGGGUCCCAACAUAGUUUCAUCGUACAAUAAUAUUCCAACAUCAGGCAACAAUGGUCUUAGGGAAACAGGGAUAAUUGACAAACUUCAGCAUUCCUAUGGAUUUAUUCAGUGCUGUGAUAGAGAAGCCAGGCUCUUUUUCCACUUCAGUGAAUAUAGUGGUGAUAUAGACACCAUGAAAAUAGGAGAUGCAGUGGAAUUCCAAAUGUCUUAUGACAGGAGGACAGGGAAACCUAUCGCUGUGACUGUGGUCAAGGUUGACAACAGCAUGGUUACCACAGAGAUUCUCAGUGAUGAGCGCUUUGUUGGCAGCAUAGUUCAGGUGGCUAAACCAUCGCAUGCAAAAAAUGGAACAGUUGUUAACAGUCAGGAUGGACUUGGUCGAGUCACUUAUGAACAUAAUGGGGAAUGCUUCUUCCUUCCCUAUGGUCUGGAGGAUUUGUCUGACAGUAGUGUGAAACUCAAACCGGGUGACCAGGUCAUGUUUCACAUAGCCACAGAUAAAAGGAAUGGUAACAUACGUGCAAGGCAGAUUGAGAUGCUGCAGCCACCGAGCCAGCAGAGGUUCCAGGGAGUGGUGUGUUCCAUGAAAGAGACGUUUGGCUUUAUUGAGAGAGCCGAUGUAGUGAGGGAGAUAUUCUUUCACUACAGUGAAUUCAAGGACAACAUCAAUGAGCUAAUACUCGGGGAUGACGUGGAAUUUAGUGUUCAGAAUAGAAAUGGCAAAGAAGUUGCUGUAGAUAUAUCUCGCUUACCAGAAGGAACUGUGAUAUUUGAGGAUAUUGGUCUGGAUAUGAUAAAAGGAAAAGUGCUAAAAACCUUAAAGAAUGGCAACAAUCGUCGACAGAGUGACCCUCUUGGUGGGAGAAUUAUAUAUGAAACACCUAAAGGUACAAUGGAUAUUCCAUUUGGUGAUAAAGACCAGAAAGGUGAUUAUACUCUUCAUCAAGGUGACAUUGUGGAGUUCAAUAUUGCAACUGAUCGUCGAGAUAAACUCCAGAGGGCAACCAACAUACAGCUUGUAGAAGAAACAUUUGAUAAAGUUGGGGAAGUCCGAGAAACGGGUUUAGUUGUGAGCUUGAAAGAAGGCUAUGGAUUUAUCCAGUGUGCUGACCGCGAUGCAAGAAUGUUCUUCCACUUCAGUGAACUUCUUGAUCCAACGUCUGCAGUCAAUGUACAGGAUGAUCUUGAGUUUACUGUAGCUCAGGAUCCCUCUGCCUCCAAUCGUCAGAUUGCCAUUCGUAUCAAGCAUCUUCCUAAAGGUUCUGUGUCUUUCCUGACCAUUCAUAAUGAAAAAUAUAUUGGAACAGUAGACAGAGAGCCUGCAACUCACAAAACACAAGCCAAGAAUAAAGAACAAGAGGGUGGUAACGUUGUCUUUGACUAUGAAGGCACCAUCCAAUCUAUUACGUAUUUUACCAAAGACCUUGUGGAGAUGAAACAGGCUCCCCGCUAUGGUGACAAGGUAGGUUGAAUUUCGAUAGGGGAACAAAAGUCCAAUAACAAGCGCCAAGCUGUGAAUGUUCGAGUGGUUUUGAGGAACAUCACUGGUCGCUGUCAGGGCUUUAUUGCAACACUGAAAGAUAAUUAUGGCUUCAUAGAGAAUGCAGAACAUGACAAGGAAGUCUUCUUCCACUAUAGUUCGUUCGACAAGGAUGCCAGUGACCUGGAGCUAGGAGAUGAAGUGGAGUAUAUCCUUGCCCGAAAAAGCAGCAAAUUAAGUGCCGAAAAUAUCCGCAAGUUGCCAAAAGGAACUGUUGCACCAGAGGAAAUGCUGCGAGAUCAGGGUAUCCUGCAGGGAAAGAUUAUCCGUCCAAUGAGGAUCGUCAACCCUGAACAGGAUGAGUACUGUGGUCUGGUGCAGGUGAGGGAAGAGGACGACCCCAGUAUGGUCACCUAUCCAUACGGAAUCACAAGUCUUGCAGACAAGCGAGAUUUCCUGCAGAAAGGGGACAUUGUUAAGUUCAAUGUUGCUGUGGUGAAGUCCUCUGGAUCUCACAGAGCUGUCAACAUAGCAGCACUGCGGAAGUAUGUUCGAGCCAGGGUGGAUUCAGUCAAGGGACAGUUCGGGUUUAUCCAGUAUGAGGUAGAAGAAGGCAAGAAGCUGUUCUUCCAUAUGACAGAAGUCCAUGAUGGAGCUGAAAUUCAACCAGGGAAUGAAGUGGAGUUUGUCGUCGUUCAAAACCAAAGAAACGGAAAAUACUCAGCCUGCAGUCUCAGGAAAAUCACAGACCAUCAGCGCCCAGAACGCCUUAUCAGUCGGCUGAAAAGUAUGUCAGAUGAGGUUGGGCAACGCAUGAUGAUCAUCAGAGCACCCAAAGGCCCAGAUAACACAAAAGGCUUUUCUCAGCCAAGACAGCCAUGGACACCAACUGUUUGAGUUUGAAGCUAAAGUCGAUGUCAGUUUUGCUGUCUUAUGCAGAUGAACAAAAAAAAAUAUAAGUUAUAAAAAAUAGUCACUAACUGUCAAAGUGUCUUUCAUUUCUACAUUUUUGUGCCUCAAAAAUGCCUAUCCUAUGUCUUUGAUUCCUCUACGGAGGCCAAUGGCUCCCCUUAUUGUAUGUGUGCAUGUAUGUAUGUAUGUUUGAAUGUAUGUGUGUGUCAGCUGUCCAAGUGAGAGACCCAAAUCCUGAUGUAGUAGACAGAAAUGAAAUCCUUGUUUGGCUGUUGCUUUUGAAUGUGACACAAUUUUAUGAAAAAAAGGUUCAACAAAACCAAAAAAAUAUUUAAAAAACUUCCCAGUUGUUAAAUGUGUAAAAGAUGUUUUCUUGCCUGUGAAAGGCUUUAGAUACUUUUCCUUGUGUUUUGUUUUUUCUUCUCCAAUUUUUUUAUCAUUUACCCUGCCUUAUAAGGCUAAAAUGGGCAAUUUUCAGGUGGCGUUUUUAUCAUGAAGUUUUUUGAAUUUGUGGAGUUGGUGAGCUGACGAAGGAAGCACUAAUUUCAUGUUUGGUUUCAUGCAUAAGUUUGGGCCAGACUUUUACCAUCAUUGUUGUGUACAGAUUAACCAUAGUUCGCUGCAAUGCUGAGACAACUGUGCAUAAUGUAUAAUGUGACAUUAACUAAUGUAUGCCAUACCUGUAAUAACACAUUACAAUCAUGAGUAUCAUCUGUGUAAACAGCAUAUUGUUAAGCAAUUUAUGAUGGAACAAUGAAAGAUUUGUAACACUGAUUGCAGCUAUUUAUCAUCAUGUAGAGGAUCACAUAUCAGCAUUGAUAGAUUGCUAAUCACAUGCUCACUUGACUACCGACGGACUGUGUUCCUGUAGACAAAGUGCUGGCUUUGUGAUGCUGUUGUUACAUUGUGCCUGCUUAUGAUUUAAUAUCCAAGAAACAAGUUCACUAUGCUCAUGAACCCUCCAUAACGUCCAAAUAAGCCUGCCUAAUACUGGUCUUGGAGGAAGCAACAAUGUUAUGGCUCACCAAAAAAAAAAAGGAGAAAAAAAAAGAUUGGUUCUCAGGCAAUGACUUUUGGAAAAGAUGGUCCAGGCAGGCUAAUUUGUUGGGUUUUUGGGGUGGGGUGGGGGGUGAGGUGGUGGUGCUAUGUCCAAACUAGUAUGUUACUAAUUAAACGGAUAUCAAACCAACCAACCCGGGAAGGUAUCUCCGUACAUUAUUUCAGUUGUUGAUGGGAAAAUACUGACAAAUCAGUUGUCUUUUGUCAAAUUUGAGCAGUUUGAGGCCUCCUUAGUAAUUCUUCAAGCAGGAGCCAUAUAUUCUGUGAAUGUGCUCCUAUCAUUGCAUUAGAAAGAAUUCAGGCAUUUAUAACAAGAUAAUUACACAGUAAAUGUCAUUUCUCCACAUAAACAAUGCAAAUAAAUACAGAAAAUAAAGGCAACUAUAAAUCAUGAUACCCCAUCAUGUUAAGCUGUGCUUUGUCAGCAAUUUCAUUCACAUUGACCAAGUUUGCAAAUGGCAAAACAAGCACACAAACUCUCCCUACCACCAUGAAUGUAACACUAAGUAUGCAUUGUAGCAAUGUAAAAAUAAAGGGGUAACUGUGUAUUAUAUUGUGUUAUUUUAAUACUGCAGCAUGUCACUGCUGAGGCCAUCUGUUCGACACAGAAUAUUUACAAGUUGGGUUUUUUCAAAUUAGAAGCAAAAAUGAAAUGUAUAGUAGUGCCUGAGAACCAAGACUGGGGUUUUUUUAGCCUUAAAAGAAACUAUUUAUUGAAACUACUCCCUUUCUGUUAUUAUUCUUUGAUUUUGGCAAUCUGAAACCUUUAGAUACUAAUUUAUAUGUAAUAACCAUGAAACUGUCUGCUCAAUGGCUGAGAUUAUGUUGCAUAUUGAGGCAACAGCACUGAGCCAUUCUGCGCAGGACUACUUAGGUCCUUGAUGGAAAGACUGCGAUACUUGUUACGUUUUCUUGUAUUGCAACUAAAUGCAACAAGAUCAUCUGCCAGGCUUGCCUGAGAAAUAAAAUAAAUCAACCAAA